AUGGAAGUCCCCACCAACAUCGUCUCCAAACUCACCGGCAAAUCAGACCUCGAAGCAAAGAUAAAAGAACUCGAGCAGAAGAUUGAGGUGAAGGAUAUUGAGAGGGAUGGGUGGGUUAGUGCUGUUGAGGGAUUGAAGAUUCAGCUGGGAAAUGCGUUAGAGGAGAUCAAGAGGCUGAAGGCCGAGCCAAGGGAAGAAAAAGUUACGGCGCAGAGAAGCGAUAAUGGGGGCCCAGCGGCGCAGGUGAGUGAUUCGGCGAAGAAGAUGAACGUCUCAAGGCCUACCACACCACCCCAAGUGCGAGUCGGCGUAGGUGUCUUCAUCCUGCAAUCAUCCUUAUCCACAGACAGUAACCCCUCCUUCCUAAUCGGCAAACGCAAAGGCAGCCACGGCGCCGGCACCUUCGCCUUACCCGGCGGCCACCUCGAAUUCGGUGAAAGCAUCGAAGACUGCGCUAUACGCGAAGUCCUCGAGGAGACAAAGCUUGAAGUCACGACGCCUACCUUUCUGACUGCAACGAACGACAUCAUGACAGCGGAGGGGAAGCACUAUAUCACGAUGUUUGUUUGCUGUGCUAGGAAGGAUGAGCAGCGUGAGGCGGAGGUCCUGGAGCCGGAGAAGUGUGAAGGGUGGAAGUGGGCGGGGUGGGAGGAUUUGAAGGGGUGGGUGGAGGAGGGGAGGGAGAUGUUUUUGCCGUUGGUCAAUUUGGUGAGGCAGAGGGAGGGGGUUGUGCCGAGAGUUGUAGCGGUGUGA